UCUGUUAAAAGCGCGGGGAAAACUCCGUGCAGGUAACCCAGAGCGUCUGCACGUUCAUCUGUUAGUUUUGCAGACUCUACAGACAAAAGCCAGCACAUCACGUCCACAUAGAGCAUGUGUACUUGGUAAGAAAAGCAUGGAGACCAGACAUAUAAAUGUUAUUUCCCUACCAGUCUACUGUCCCUUCUAUCAUCGAACCAGUAAAACCAUUAGAGGUGGAGAGAAAUGUACAGACCCACCCAACAGACGCUACGUUUCAUCGACUAAAGUCAACAUGCUAGAAACGUUAGCCACGAAUGCCGCCCGUCCUUUCCAGAUUCAUCACGUCAAUUCGGAUCAUCAGGCGGCUGCUUUUACUGCCCUUCAUGACAUGAGAGAAAAAGGGCAGCUAUGUGACGUCACAUUGAUAGUGGAUGAUAGGUCAAUUGUCGCACACAAGGUAGUUUUGUCAGCAUGCAGUGCCUAUUUUCACGCCAUGUUCAACAACGAAAUGGCUGAAAAGCAUCAAGCUGCUGUCACGCUUCAUGAUAUUGACGGUGGUGCCCUCUCUUUGUUGAUUGAAUUUGCCUACACUGGUGAAGUACUAAUUACAGAAGACAACGUGCAAGCCCUUCUGCCGGCGGCUAGCCUUCUGCAGGUAGCCAGUGUUCGAGAAGCUUGCUGUAGGUUUCUUUUCCGACAGCUACAUCCUUCUAACUGCUUGGGAAUUCGAAGUUUUGCUGACGCCCAUUAUUGUGAAGAACUACAUCAGAAGUCCCAUAAAUAUGUCCUCCAGAAUUUCAAAGAAGUAUCUCUGGGAGAAGAAUUCCUAGUACUGCCUUUCAAGGAGGUUUCAGACUUGGUAUCAUGCAACGAACUGAAUGUUACUUCUGAAGAAGAUAUCUACAGUGCCGUGAUAUCAUGGGUUAAAUACGAUAUAGAAUAUAGGAAACAGUACCUCGACCAACUCCUCAAGUAUGUCCGGCUCCCAUUAGUCAGAAGAGAAUUUCUUUUAAGAAAGGUAGGAGAAGAACCACUAGUUCGAGAGAGUCAGAAGACAAAAGAUCUCUUGAUCGAGGCUAUGAAGUACCAUCUCAUGCCGGAACAUCGAAGUACCAUGACGGGAGUAAGAACAACUUACCGAAGACCAGAAGGACUGAAAACUUAUCUGUUUGCUAUAGGCGGUGGUUCAUUGUUUACCAUUCACAAUGAAUGUGAAUAUUACAACACUCGCACUGAUCGCUGGGCGCCAUUUCUACCAACUCUCCAUCGUAGGUCACGAGCCGGAGUGGCGGCAUCGGAACGUCACGUUUACGUAGUUGGUGGGUAUGAUGGAACAAAAGACUUGGUGUCGGCGGAAUGUUACAGUUCUCUUUCCAAUACCUGGCAGUCCAUAUGUAAUAUGGGAUCCAAACGAAGUUGUCUAGGCAUAACUUCUGUAAGUGGAUUAAUUUAUGUGGCUGGGGGAUACGACGGUGUUUCGUGUUUAAGCAGUGUGGAGCGCUAUGAUCCUUUAGUUGGAACAUGGUCUUCUGUAGUUGCAAUGGAAACCAGAAGACGCCACUGCAAAUUGACAGUUUUGGAUGGUUGUUUAUAUGUAAUUGGAGGAUACGAUGGAGCUACUUACCAGUCAUCUGUAGAAAAACUAGAUCCAAGGGAAGGCAAAUGGACAACUGUUACUAAUAUGAUCAACAGGCGUAGCAGUUGUGGAGUGGCAGUUAUGAAUGGAUUGUUAUUCGUUGUAGGAGGUAAUGAUGGCAGUUUAUGUAUGUCUAGUGUGGAGGUUUAUGACAGUCGUAGAGCAGCCUGGGAUGCUGUUGCUUCCAUGCAUUCUCGUAGGAGUACCCAUGAAGUAGUACAUGCAGAGGGAUACCUUUAUGCAAUUGGAGGAAAUGAUGGAAGCUCCAGCCUAAAUACCGUGGAACGCUAUGACCCUCGAUACAAUAAGUGGAUGUUGGUUACUUCCAUGAUGCUUCGUAGGAGCAGUGUUGGAGCUACAGCCCUGGACUGCCCUAAUCUGGAACAAUUACUACUUCGGUCAGAAUAAAAACUAAUCACUUUAUGAUGGACUGUCUCUCACAUUUAGUAAACCACUGAACAGCAAGCAAACAGAAUGGGCUCAGACUGUUCCAGUUUAAAGCAAACCUAAUGAAUGAAAGAUAAAUUUUUGUGUGAUGUUUUUCUACACUGGAACGGUUUGAUAAUGGAAUCUCACUAAGUGAAAUAGCUAUUUUCAAUUAGACUGUAAAUUGCUGCCGAGAUUUUACAUUUUCUGAAGAAAUUAAUUACCUUACUAAACUCACAGCUGAAAUGUUAGUGCUGACAUUCCUGCAAAGAGCACUUUUUUAUGCCAUUGAAGCAGUAAUGAUGAAGUAUUGCUGUGAUUAUAGCAGUUAAAACUAUAAAAUAUUCUAGUCAGAUUGUAAAAAUACUCUUGUCAAAAGUUUACACUGCAGUAUUAAACAUCAAAAUUCUCCUUCCAGGAAUGUGAAUCUCCUUGAACUAACAACAUGAAUUCUUUAAACAAAGGAGCCAUGUUAUAAAUACAACAAGUGAAAUUACCUCGUACUCUAAUCUAAAUACAACUGAGGUCAAUAAUGAUCAAAUAGUCAAGGCUGGAGGUCAGCUAGAGUGAAGGUGUGGGCCAUGGUACAUGAAUGUAUCUGUUGGGACCUUCAGAGGACUUGCACAUAAUCACGUUAUAACUGAUGAUAUAUUCAAAUCUUUGUGUCAUUUCUUUACUCAAAACUGAUUAGUUAACAAUGUAACUGACAUCAUCAUGUAUGUGAUUCAAAAUUAAUAAUCUACCAGGUUAUCUUAUUUGUGUACAUAAGUUGUAAAUGCUUUUUAAUUGGAAUUCUUAAAGUGAAUCAUUAGAAAACUCAUGCUGAAUACCUUGAGUGAUGUAUUUGCAGUAUAUCUUUCAAAAUUUGAGGAUCUAAUUUAGAAGUGUAUGGUUUGCCCCCAUAAAAGAAAGAGAGCAAAGGAUGUAUUAUACAUUCUCCUAUAAAUUGUUUAACUCUUUCUUACUAACUGUAGCAUUUUAAAUUGGAUCUUUUCAUUGUUGGCAAGGCUUAUAUUUAAUUAAUACAAGAAUAGCAGUAAAUAAAAAGCUUCACUAGCGGAGUUUUAGAAGUUUAGUUGGUAAUAUCAAAUUACUGUUAUGGCCUUCUCUAUACAUCUAGGUGCUAUGUUUUUUGUUUUUACUAUUCAAAACAGUUGUAAAUCAAAAACUAAAGCCUAAUAGUUAGUACUCAGAUUGAAUUUGACAGGAAAAAAUUAUAAAGGUAUAAUAAAUUGAACUUUCUACCUAGUCUUAGUGCUUCAAUACAGAUAUCAAUGCUUACAAAUUGAUAAAACAGUUCAUGAAAGUACCUUUACUGUUUUUGAGAAUUUUCUUUUCCAUAAGAGCAAAGUGUUGAACUGCAUAUUCUAUUUAAAAAGCAUGAUUUAUUAAAUAAAAAAUUCUAAGGUCAGUAUUUUAAUUACACCAAUGAAGAUUGUGAUUUUUAAUAUAUCUCUAGCUAUCUAAGGUAUUUUAAGGUAUAAAUACCACAUUAAAUCUGUUUGUUAGAGCCAAAUUCACAAUCUUGAGCGACACUAAUAAAGUUAAGUAAAGUAAAAAAACAUACAGAGUAAAAUAAUUAAAAUGUAAAAACAUUACAUUAGGAUAAAGUAGUUAGUGUUUUUCUGAAAGAUUGAGAUAAAAAUGGUCAGAACUUAUGAUUUACAUUUUUUAAGUUUCAACAGGAGAAAAGUUUCUAUGAUGUAGAAAAAUGAUUGAUGUGUGUGAAGUUAUUUUUUUAAACAUUCCUUCAGAGGAAGUUUCAAUUCCUUCAAUGAAGGUUCUUAAAUUUUUCAUGGGGUGUUAUUCUAUCAUAUGACAUUAGAAUAGAAGGUUCUUAUUUCAUCACUUAAACAUUGCUCAAUACUCUUAUGAAACCACCUAUUCAUUAAGAGUUCUGCCUAGAACAUUUUCAACUAUUCUAAAACUAAAAGAACAAAACAUGCAUAAGUAAACAAAAGUUGUUCAGAUUUCAAAAACCAAGCGAAGACAAGAAUAUAUCCUCAUUUAUGUUGAUCCAACAAGUAACUAAUAUUUCAUGUACAUAUCUAGUCUUGUGUUAAUACUUUAUUUAAAUGAUGAGAAACCCGAAGAUGAUUACAGAUAAAAAUGAAAAUUGUUGUCUCAAUAAACACCUUAGCAGAUAACAAUGAUGUAUAUCUUUCUUUUUAGAAACAUUCCAUGGAGGUGAGUUUUAAAUAAUGCUGAAGAACUUAACAUAGCU